AUGUUGGCCUGCCGAACCUCACCGCGUCGGCUGUCGGCCGCGAGCUGGAGAGCGGGAUUCCGGACAUCAGCAGCUUCACCUGCCUCGAAACGCGCGACACCGCCGAGGCCCAUACCCAAACCAAAGCCUCAAGUCUCCAAACCUCCCAAACCCACUCCCAAGCCUCGGCCUUACCCAAUUCCCUCCUACUCCCCUUCCCCCAGUCCUCCCCCACCACCACCACCCCCAACCAACAAAAAGCUCAUCACACCCUCCCUAGCAGGCUCUCUAGCCCUCGCCGUAGUCUUCGGCUACUUCGUCUCCGUCUCCGUCAUCCCCCGCUCCCCGACCCAAGAUGGAGAUGAACCCCUCGUCGACCCUCUCACAUCGGGAGGAGGAGACCGCGCGGGGACCUGCUGCGCCGUGCCCACGGGCCGCCCCACGUCCCUCGCCGGCAUCUCGGCCGCGCAGUUCGACCGCGAGCUGGACUACGAGGAGUCCAAGACGGGCGUGACGAAGUUGAGGGAGAAGUUGGCGGGGAGGGCUGUGGGGCAUGUUCUUGAGGUUGCUGUCGGGACGGGGCGGAACUUUAACCUGUAUAACUGGGAGAGCCUCGCGGGUGCUAGCACGGCCAAGAACGAAUCAACUCCAGCGAAGGGAGGGAAGAAAAAGGACGCUUCGCUGCCGGAGGCGGAGGGCGAAAUGUUCUCGUUCACUGGCCUCGAUAUCGCAAAGGACAUGCUCGACGUAGCCUCCACAAAACUCACCAAAAACAUCCUCCCCGCCCUCCCUUCCACAACCCCCUUAUCCACACCCCCCACCGUCUCCGUCCUCCGCAACGACGCAGACGAAGUAACAGCCGGCGCCAUCUCCUUCCUCCCCAACGACGCCAUCCGCCUCGUCAAGACCAACGCCCUCUCCUACCUGCCCCCUCCUCCGGGUCCCCCCUCUACCCAAAAAUACGACACCGUCAUCCAGACUUUUGGGCUCUGCAGCGUGUCCGACCCGCGCGCCGUGCUCUCCAACCUCGCCUCGGUGCUGAAGCCAGAGACGGGAAGGAUCAUAUUGCUGGAGCAUGGGAGGGGGACGUGGGGGGUUGUGAAUUGGUGGUUGGAUAAGCAUGCGCCGGAGCAUUUUCGCAAGUAUGGGUGUUGGUGGAAUAGGGAUCUCGAGGGCAUCGUGAGGGAGGCCGCGGGCGGGAAGAGUGUUAUUAGUGGCGGGGGCAAGAAGGGGGCGGUGCCGGGGUUGGAGGUUGUGAAGAUUGAGAGGCCGGGGUACCAGGGCGGUACGGUGCUUUGGAUUGAGUUGAAGGUCGUUGAGUGA